AUCAUGAGCGGAGCUGCUAACAGGGGUCUGUCGACUGCAAGUUUUCAAUCCCUGACAUCACGCCACGAACAACGCGAGCCAAACCACUUCAGUCACAGAGUCCGUGUGCAGUCUUGUCCGAAGAAUUGAUGUUUGGAUACUGAAAGAACAAGCAUCUUCCGAACCGCGGUUAUCGCGCUCCGCAGCUUUUGGCCGCCAUGGAUGGACUAGACGAGUUCGAGAAGCAGCUGGCCGCUGACAGGGCCGAGAGAGAGCGCGACCAAGAACGCGCUGAUCGAAAGGAGAAGCGUCGCCAUCACGAGCAUCGUCGCGACAGGUCAUCCGACAGGAAGCACGACCGCGAGAGACGCCGGGAAACAGAUGGGGACCGCGACGGCAAUGGGGAAAGAUCAAGCCGCCGCGACCACGACCGCGAUCAUGCUCACGACCACCAUCGUCACAAGCAUCGGCGCCAUCACUCCCGAGAUCGCGAGGACGAAGCUCAUCGGAGUAAACGCUCUCGCCACGGGCGCGGGGACGAGGCCCAGGAGGAAGGAAGUUCGAGGCACAGGCAUCGACACAGACAUGAGUCUCCCAGUCGACGGCAUCAUGACCGUGACGGUGGCUCAGACGAGCCCGAGUUCAUGAAAUCGCACGACCCCAAGGAGGACCUCCCUCUCCCCGACGAAGAGACACCCUCGGCGGAGGCGCCACCCGUCAGGGACUCGUGGAUGACAGCACCUUCUGCCCUAGAUGUCGACUACAUGCACCGGCCACGACCUGACAAGCCGGUAGAAAAACCGAAGCCAGAGCAACGGACUAUCUCCCAACGCGAGCUCAACGGUGGCGUUCUCGCCGAGCUAAACAGUGGCAAAACCUGGGCCGAGAUCGAUGUGCCCAACCAAAAUAAUGUUGGAUAUACCUUUGGAGACGAAGGUUCGCAAUGGCGCUUGACCAAGCUGAAAGGCGUCUAUGACACUGCCAAGCGCACCGGCAAGGCCAUCGAUGAGGUUGGCGCCGAGGUUUUUGGAAGCCUUCGGGAGUUCGACAACACGCGAGAAGAGAGAAUAGAGAUGGACAGGAGAAAAACGUACGGGAAGGGGUACAUGGGCAAGAAAACCCCUACUGGCGAGCUCUACCGCGAGCGAAAGGAAAUGGAAGCCACAAACCAGCCACAACACAUUUCCGCCCAGGAUUCACCACCGGCGGAACAGGGCGCCGUGAUGGAGCAACCGCCGGUCGCGCGACUAGACCAGACGGCCCUGAACAGAAUGCGCGCGACCAUGAUGAAGGCGAAGCUGCGCAGGGCGCCCGAUGCCGAGAAGCUGGAGGCCGAAUACAAUGCGGCAAUGGCGUCCUUCAAAUCAGGUGCCAGCAACGAACAGGCCGUAGUGCUAGACGCCUCGCACAGCCGCAUGCUAGCUGGCGGACCGCGCGCCGAGACCAAGGCGGUGGACAACAAGCGCGGCCGCGAGCGCGGCACCGUGGUGGCCAACGAGGACAUGAGCGUCGACGACAUGGUGCGGGAGGAGCGGCGGACACGGGGUCAGACCGGGGGCGAGGGCAUGCGGAUGGCGGAACGGAUCGCGCGCGACGGCAAGUUCGACACGGACCUCGAUUACAUGGACGAGAACGCCGAGCGGCUGGCCAAGCGGACGCACAAGACGGACGCGGCGCUCAAGGCGGUCGCUGUCGGCGAGUUCCAGCGCGUCAACAAGAUCCUCGACUCGUGCCCGCUCUGCCACCACGAAGACCGCGAGCCGCCACGCGACCAGCCGAUCGCGCCCGUGGUGUCGCUGGCCACGCGCGUCUACCUCACGCUCGCGCCCGAGCCCGAGCUCAACGGGGCCGAGGGCGGGGCCGUCAUCGUGCCGCUCAGCCACCGACAGAACCUACUCGAGUGCGACGACGACGAGUGGGAAGAGAUGCGGAACUUUAUGAAGUCGCUCACGCGCCUCUACCACGAGCAGGGGCGCGAGGCGCUCUUCUACGAGAACGCGGCGGCGCCCCGGCGGCGCGCGCACGCGGCUAUGGUGGCGGUGCCGAUCCCCUACGACCAGGGCGACACGGCCCCGGCCUUCUUCCGCGAGGCCAUGCUAUCGACCGAGGAGGAGUGGUCGCAGCACAAGAAGUACAUCGACACGGGCAAGAAGGCGCGCGAGGGCCUGGGCCGCGCGGCGUUCCGCAAGAGCAUCGCCAAGGAGGCGCCCUACUUCCACGUCUGGUUCAACCUCGACGGCGGGCUGGGUCACGUGGUCGAGGACGAGACCAGGUGGCCGCGCGGCGACCUGUUCGCCCGCGAAAUCAUCGGCGGCAUGCUGGACUCGGACAUCGAUGUCAUCAAGAAGCAUGGGCGCUGGACCAAGCAGGACAACCGAGUCGACGACUUCAAGAAGCGGUGGCGCAAGUUUGAUUGGACUAGAGUGUUGGCUGAAGAACAGUAGAACUGGUGCCAACAUUCGAGGUAUUUUGGUAUGCUUCGUGGGAACCGGCGGCCAUGGCGAGUAAUCCGUAAAAAGGCACUUUUGCCACCAGCUUAGAUACUGCAAAACCCCGGUGUGAUGGCCGGGCUCUCUAUCCAUUAUCGAGACGUGCAGCUAUGCCACCACCAGUAAAGAUUAAUGACAUUUCCUGGAUAUGUUUACAUCUUUCU